GUUUCUCAAAUCGUCGUUGUAACAUGAUUCCUUUAAUACUUUUUGUUGUGCAGUGUUUCUAGAUUAUUGCACUUGUCAGCUUACUAUUUAUUCGAUAUUUAAAAAUUGAAGAACAUUUUACCCACUUCAAAUCAUAGAUGCCUAAACUAUGUUUGUACAUAAAUAUUUGCUCACCUCAAAUAGCUUAGUAUUGAUAUGGUUUGGUGUAAAUAUUAGGCUGGUGCUAAGUUUUACACUAAAUAAUUAACUCAUACGGUUAAAGUGUUUUAAAAGUUUUACAUCUCUUUUGUUGUUUUAAAUGCAAAAUUAAACAUCUGCCGCUUUGUCACAAAUUUUCUCCAUACAAUAUAGUAUGUUAAAUAACUAAUCAUCGCAUCUACCAACCAUUAAUCCCAGUGCUAACUAAGAAUCUCAUUUAGCGUCCAUCCAAAGUUUCAUGACAGAGAAUUUAGUCUUCAAUAUUCUUUAUAAACUCCAUCAACGUUUUCACUUUCCUUAUAAUAUACUACACCGGUGGGGAAGAGAGAGAGAGACUUAUUUUUAAGAAAUUAGAAGAUGAUAGGUGCAAAUGAUUUUUACAAAGUAAUGUGUGCAAUGGUGCCAUUGUACUUUGCUAUGGUGGUGGCAUAUGGUUCAGUGAAAUGGUGGAAAAUAUUCUCGCCAGAGCAAUGCUCCGGCAUCAACCGUUUCGUUGCCCUCUUCGCUGUUCCGGUACUAUCCUUCCAUUUCAUCUCUCAAAACAAUCCUUACCAAAUGGACACGAAAUUCAUAUUGGCUGAUACUUUGUCGAAGAUUUUGGUUCUUGCGUUGCUGUCAUUUUGGGCCAUUUGUAAAGGGCAGUUGGAUUGGCUCAUUACUCUCUUUUCUGUCUCGACUUUGCCCAACACUUUGGUUAUGGGUAUUCCUUUGCUUAAUGCCAUGUAUGGUGAUUUUACUCAAAGCCUCAUGGUUCAGUUAGUUGUCCUUCAAUGCAUUAUCUGGUAUACUUUACUGUUGUUCUUGUUUGAAUAUAGAGCUGCCACUAUACUAAUCAAGAAUCAAUUCCCUGGCAAUGUUGCUGCGGCCAUAACCAAGUUUGAGAUCGACAAUGAUGUCAUCUCACUGGACGGCCGCAGCCCCCUUUGUACGGAAUCAGAAGUAGACGGAAACGGACGUAUCCAAGUCCGUAUCCGUCGAUCAACGUCCUCCGCAGCUGAGUCCGCAUUUUCAUCCUCCAUAGGAAUCACACCUCGUGCAUCAAAUCUCUCUAACGCUGAAAUCUUCUCCGUUCACACGCCUUUGCAAGAAUUCCACCACAUCGCGAACGGGGAUAUCCCAUUCGGAUACGGUGACCUGGGCGUCGGGUUUCGUGCAGCGAGUCCUCAGCUGUCCGGCGGCUAUGCAUCGUCCGAUGCCUACUCACUGCAGCCGACGCCAAGGGCCUCGAAUUUCAAUGAAAUGGACAUGACUACUGUGACAACAACUGGGAAUACACCAAUGUGGGUGAUGUCCCCAGUGGCAGGGAAAGUGUUCAGGGGGCAGCCGUCUCCAUCAAGUAAAACGGCGUGGGAAUCGCCAGGGAAAACAUGUCUAAAUGGAGAGAGACAAGGGUACAGAGAUGAUGUUGGAGAAAAGGAAAUCAGCUUCAGAGAUAUUUCAAAUUUCCCAGUGCAAGGAGGAGGUGCAGAUUCAGAAAAUACAAAUAUUAUUAAACAAGAAAUGCCAAGUGCUUUAGUCAUGCUAAGGCUCAUCACAGUUAUGGUUGGGAGGAAGCUUUCACGUAAUCCAAAUACGUACUCCAGUAUUUUAGGACUGUUAUGGUCUCUCAUCUCAUUCAAAUGGAAUGUGGGGAUGCCAAGUUUGGUUAAAUAUUCCGUUAAAAUAAUUUCAGAUGCAGGUCUUGGGAUGGCAAUGUUCAGUUUAGGGUUGUUCAUGGCACUUCAACCUCGAAUUAUAGCGUGUGGGACGAAGAUGGCGGGAAUAGGGAUGGGCAUAAGAUUUAUAAGUGGACCUCUAGUAAUGUCAGCCGCUUCUAUUGUCAUUGGCCUUAAAGGAGUUCGACUUCAUACUGCUAUUGUACAGGCGGCUCUUCCCCAAGGAAUCGUUCCAUUUGUCUUCGCAAGAGAAUAUGGGUUGCAUUCGGACAUACUAAGUACCGGGGUUAUAUUUGGGAUGCUGGUUUCACUACCAGUAACCCUCCUUUAUUAUAUCCUUUUGGGACUAUGAAAGAAAAAUGUGAAGAAAGUCUUUGCCCCCCAUGCGGAUAAUUAUUGUGUAUUUACUUUGACUUAACCAGCACUUUGACAAGCAAUUAUAUAUUAGAGUACUCAUACAUCCAUCAAGUUCCUUUUCUUGGGUUCUGAUUUUGUAAAAGCUAUGAAUAUCGACUUAUGAAAAAUCAUCCCUAUUAUCCAUUACUAGUGUCCACGACUUAGACAGUGAUAGCAAAAUUAUGUGUAAAAGAACUUUUUGGCCAAGAUAUUACUGUUUUCUUUAGUGCCAUAUAGGUUAGUGGUGACCGAAAGGGAGUAAAUUAAACAUAAAUAUUUCUCUCUGA